GUAGCACUGAAAGAAGACGUUGCUACUACUAGCCAGCUAACUAGGCUAACCUGUUAUUGACAUCGGUUUCAGAUUAUCAUACCAUACAUAUUAUGUCUUUUAAAAGAGAAGGUGAUGACAAGAGUCAGCUAAACAUACUUCAGAAGCGUCGCGUAGCGGAUCUUCUGUCCAAUUUCAUACCAGAAGAUGAAGCGGCUCUAAUGAGAAACGGAAGAUACAGCUGCGUGGUGUGCUCCCACCGUCCGGUGUUCGACACCGUGGACACGCUGACGGUCCACAGGAACGGGAAGAGGCACCUGGAGGGAUUAAAAGCAUUCUACGGCAAGAAAGCCCGACUGAAGAAUGAAAGGAUGAAAAGGCAUCACGAGAACUACGUCCACACUGAAGACACAACGCAGGAGCCCUCCUGUUCAGCCCCUCUGCUGGAACAAACACGGCGGCUGACGCAUCACGCUUUAUUGAAGACCGCACCAUAUAACAGCUGCCAUUCAAAAACAAGUACGAAACCUGAAAAGGAGCCGCUGCGCGCGGGCUUCGAAUUCAGCAACAGAACGGCGUCCGAACAACGAAAAGCUGAAGGUUCAAACGUUUCAUCACUAAGCACUUCAGCAGCCGGUGACGGGGGACCACCGUCGGAAAACGUAGAAGGAACUAAAGGUGCAAUGACACAGGAGGAGAAGGAGGAGGAGAAGGAGGAGGAGCCUAUACCCGCCGAGAGGAGGAGAGAGCUGCAGCACUACCUCAAACUGAAAAGCGACGGGUGGCUGAAGGACCGGAGCGGCCAGUGGGUGAGGGACGAGAACGUGGAGUUUGAUUCAGACGAGGAGGAGCCUUCGCUCGGGCCCCUUCCUGCACGUCCCUGAGAAAGGACUGAGAACUGUGGGCGAGCACAGAUGAACUCUCACCACAAUGGUGCGUUCAGGGACCACGGUGCAAGGAGUUCCUCUUCAUUGACCUUUUUAUUGGAUUCCGAACUUUUCCUGCGUUGUUUUGUUAUCGUUUUUUGGGGUUUAAACAUGAAGCCGAUUCGAAACCAUCAUGAUUUCAUGAGAAAAUAAAACAAUUUGAAGAAGGCACUCCUCAGCACAGCAAAUAUGCUCUGGGUCAAAGUUCAAUGUGCCAUGUCAUGAGACCUCGGCACAGCCCAAUCGAACGCAUACGGCGGCAAACACUAGGUGCUUUGUGAGGACGGCGUUUUGUAUUUGACGGAUCUUGUUUACUGCCCCUCUUGACACUUUUUUGGACUCCUCUCCAGCCCCAGUGGUUUUGACUUCAAACUGCGCUCCAAACCAACCAGAGCACCAUCCCUCUCACGUGUGUUUUUCAGCAGUGAAAAGCUGAACGACUCUCAUCACCCGCAGAACCAGAGGUUCUAUUCUCAGUGUCCGGGUUGGCUUCCCCCUCACAGGGCGUUCGCUCUGUGCUGCUCCCCGGCACACAGCUGCUAUGAAUCCGAUAACACCGCCAGGGUCAGCUGGACUUAGCGCGGGGUUAGUUUCUGAUGACACUGCUAAUGUGCGUUUAAAAAAAAACAACAACAACAAAAAAAACGCGCUUAUCUCGUUACCGAACUGAGAGCAUCACAGAGAGAAGACACUCGAUAAAGUUCACCUGGCUGUGGAGACUCACACCGACGACCUUUUAAUACCGCCUGCCGUUUCACUUGUAGCACUAAUGGGACGAUGAAAGAGCUUUCUAUCUUUCGUGCAAUGGUUUCAUUAAGAUGACGUUGAGAACGCUUCGAAAUACAAAGAAGCGACGCAGUGAGAGGAGGUCGUGGAGGUUGGCAGCUGCUUGUGGUCGUAAAAGUUUGGGUGCAGCCCUCCUCAAGUCGUCGGGUGUAUAUUUGGAACAAGGUAACUCAAGCCCAGCGGACGAGGUUACGGGUCCCAUCGGGGGGGGGGGGGGG